AUACAUAUAAUUAGUCAUACCAGUUUUCCAUAUUUUUUUUUAUAGAAAGGAUAGCACGGUUGCUCUAUAAGUAAUUUGAUAUUCAGACGACUUAUAAUAGAACAAUACAUAGUGAUUGGUUAUUUUUUUUUUUAUAUUUCAGGGAAUAUAAGUCAAUUGAACUAUAGAAAAAUGGCAAUUUCUUUUAAACUCUUUGCGGCGUAUAUGGCUUCUGGACUAAUGUACGUUACAAGCUUAGAACUUUUUAAGUCCGAGAUAUCGGUAACUCGAAUGUUCUGCAAUGUUACUGAAACAGAUAUUGCGGUGAUAUACAAUAUACAAAUACGACAUAAGGCUAAUGCUUUAUCUAAUAUGACAUGGGUGACAGUAGCUGAAGUUGAAACAGGCGAAAAACCUGCUUUAGAAAUUGAUAAUGACAAGUAUUUAUUUGUGAGUGGUUUUCUUGAUGCGGAUAUACCUGGGAACAGUUAUCUGAGCGUAGAUAUAGAAACCGAAAAACUGACUGCACGAGAUGACGAUGGUGUUUACAGAUGUGAGAUGACAUACAAAAGUCUGGUCACUGACAGCGCCACCUCGGUUGCAAGAAAUUUAAAAUUUGCAGUGCAUGACCACAUUAUUUCUAGCAAUGAGCAAUCAGAUACACAACAAUGUACAGAAUCUGAAAACAACAAUGCAGCAGUAAUUGUUGGUGUUAUUUUAGGAAUAACGAAUCUUUGUUCUAUUGUAUACAUCAUUUACAUUACAAUUACCACCAGGAAGACUAAAAGUGAAAAAGCGUUGUCGUCAUUUCAAGCUUCAGAUGAAAACGAACAACUGAAAACCUUCGGUGACUCGACAAAGGGUAAACCCCGGACAUUUGAAAAACAUAUAUGAAAACGAUAGGCAAACAUUGAAGGCAAACAUGCUAAAUUGUAUAUAGUUUCAUGCAACUUUAAUUUUUAAAGAUUUUCCUUUUACAGUCAAGAGCGUCGGUGGUGUAAAGGUUAGCAUGGUUGCCUUCCAAGCAGUCGAUCCGGGUACGAUUCCCGGCCGACGCAAAAUAUUAUUUUUUAGAUAAUAAUCUGUUAAAGUGUAGGAAUUUUUAUUUCAUCAUUUCUUUGCAAUAUUUGCCCAGCAGAGUUGAAUAUUAAAAAACUAGUAGCACAGUGGAUAAGUGAAACCACCGUAAUACACAAUGUCUUGCAAGUCUGCCUAUACAAUACCGUAUAUCUUAAAGGGACUCCACUGAGGUAUUUUUGGCAUAAUGGGACUGAACAUAUUUUUCCAGAUAAAUGUGCCCUUUCAUGUAGGUUAAGACCGCUAAUCUUUGUGCAAAAUUUCAGAUCAUUCGUGCACUUCAUUUUUCCGGGAUAAUUAUUCAAAUUUUGCACAAAAAAAUGACCCAAAAUGAAAAGCGUUUAAACGCUUUUCCCUCAAAUCGGGCUAAGAAAAGCAUAAAAAUAAGAUUUUCAAUUUAUUUUAAAGUAUAUUUCUUAACUAUCUUUGCAUAUAUUUCAGUUUAAAGUGCCCCAGCUCAUUUAUGUAAGAAAUUCAAAUGUUAUGUUUUUAUGCUUUUAAACCUCAAUGGAGUCCCUUUAACGUGUUUGUUGGUAGUGUCUGUAAACAUGUUCACGCUAAAUACAGUAAGUUUUGUCUUUAAACCUGUUUCACGCUGAAUAAAAUUUUAACGCGUUUGUUAGUAUUCUAUGUAAACAUGUUUCGUAUUGAAUAAAAUCUUAACGUGUCUGUUAGUAUUGUCUUUAAAAAUGGUUCACUCUGAAUAAAGGACCCCAGUGAGGUUUAAAAGCCUAAAAACAUAACAUUUGAAUUGCUUACAAAAAUGAGCUGGGGUACUUUAAACAAAAAUAUAUGCAAAGAUAGUUAAGAAAUAUACUUUGAAAUAAAUUGAAAGUAGUAUUUUUAGGCUUUUCUUAACCCGUUUAAACGCUUUUCAUUUUGGGUCAUUUUUUACAAUUUGAAUAAUUAUUCUGGUAAAAACAAGUGCGCGAAUGAUCUGAAAUUUUGCACAUAGAUUAGGUUAAAUUGUAUAUUUAUCUGGAAAAAUAUUUUGAGUCCCAUCAUGUCAAAAAACCUCAGUGGAGUCCCUUUAACGUGUUUGAUGUUGAAUAAAAUCUUAACGUAUUUAUUAGUAUUAUCUAUAAAAAGGUUUCAUGCUGAAUAAGAUUUUAACGUGUUUGUUACUAUUGUCUGUAAACACGUUUCAUGUAGAAUAAACUCUUAACGUGUUUGUUACUAUUGUCUGUAAACAUGUUUCAUGUAGAAUAAACUCUUAACGUAUUUGUUAGUAUUGUCUGUAAACAUUGUUUAUGUUGAAUAAACUCUUAACGUGUUUGUUAGUAUUGUCUGUAAACAUGUUUCAUGUUGAAUAAAAUCUUAACGUGUUUGUUACUUUUGUCUUUAAACAUGUUUUAUGUUGAAUAAACUCUUAACGUGUUUGUUAGUAUUGUCUGUAAACAUGUUUCUUGUUGAAUAAAAUCUUAGCAUGUUUGUUUGUAUUGUUUGUAAACAUGUUUCAUGUUGAAUAAAGACGUAGCAUGUUUGUUUGUAUUGUUUGUAAACAUGUUUCAUGUUGAAUAAAAUCUUAACGUAUUUGUAAGUAUUGUUUGUAAACAAAUUUCAUGUUGAAUAAAAUCUUAACGUAUUUGUUACUAUUGUCUAUUAACAUGUUUCAUGUUGAAUAAAAUCUUAGCAUGUUUGUUUGUAUUGUUUGUAAACAUGUUUCAUGUUGAAUAAAAUCUUAACGUAUUUGUUAGUAUUGUUUGUAAACAUGUUUCAUGUUGAAUAAAAUCUUAACGUAUUUGUUAGUAUUGUCUAUUAAUAUGUUUCAUGUUGAAUAAAAUCUUAACGUGUUUGUUAGUAUUGUCUAUAAAUAUGUUUCAUGCUGAAUAAAAUCUUAACGUAUUUGUUAGUAUUGUUUGUAAACAUGCUUCAUGUUGAAUAAAAUCUUAACGUGUUUGUUAGUAUUGUCUGUAAACAUGUUUUAUGUUGAAUAAAAUCUUAACGUGUUUGUUACUAUUGUCUUUAAACAUGUUUUAUGUUGAAUAAACUCUUAACGUGUUUGUUAGUAUUGUCUGUAAACAUGUUUCUUGUUGAAUAAAAUCUUAGCAUGUUUGCUUGUAUUGUUUGUAAACAUGUUUCAUGUUGAAUAAAAUCUCAGCAUGUUUGUUUGUAUUGUUUGUAAACAUGUUUCAUGUUGAAUAAAAUCUUAACGUAUUUGUUAGUAUUGUUUGUAAACAUGUUUCAUGUUGAAUAAAAUCUUAACGUAUUUGUUACUAUUGUCUAUUAACAUGUUUCAUGUUGAAUAAAAUCUUAACGUAUUUGUUACUAUUAUCUAUUAACAUGUUUCAUGUUGAAUAAAAUCUUAACGUAUUUGUUAGUAUUUCUAUUAAUAUGUUUCAUGUUGAAUAAAAUCUUAACGUGUUUGUUAAUAUUGUCUAUAAAUAUGUUUCAUGUUGAAUAAAAUCUUAACGUGCUUGUUAGUAUUGUCUAUAAAUAUGUUUCAUGCUGAAUAAAAUCUUAACGUGUUUGUUAGUAUUGUCUAUAAACAUGUUUCAUGCUGAAUAAAAUCUUGAAUUAUAUCACUUGUAUUUUUGUCACAUUGUAUUGUAAGUCGUAUUAGUCUUUUUGUUUUUUAUUGCGAAUACGAAUAUUCGUAUUCGUUUUUGUAUUGCAUUGUAUUGUGCUGUGUUGAACUGUAUUGUAUUGUACUGUAUUUUAUUGUUGUUUUUGUAUUGUAUUGUGUUGCUUUUGUAUUGUAUUCUAUUGUGUUGUAUUGUAUUGUUUCUUUUUUUAAUGUAUUGUGUUGUUUUUGUAUUGUAUUGUGUUGAUUUUUGUAUUGUAUUGCAUUAUUGUACUGUAUUGUGUUCAAUGGACGUUUUUAUCUUAAAAAAGAGAUAUUUAUAUAUAUUUAGUGUUCUCAUGUUUGUAAAACUAAUAAUAUAUUUUGUAAAUUUAAAAAUAAAAACGAGGCUAAUUACUAAAAUAUGCAAA